AUGACGUCUUCAAAGAUGCUUGAGGUGGGAGAGAUGAGUGCUGAUACCAUCACACAAAAUACAAUUGCUGUCAAUUCGCAGCAUAAUGAUGCCAGAUUGAUGUUUAUUAUGGAAAGAUUGGUGCAUCAUUUGCAUGAUUUUGCAAGAGAAACACGCUUAACUACAGAAGAAUGGGAAGCUGGAAUCCAAUUUUUGACUGAAGUGGGCAAAAUGUGCUCCGACAUUAGACAGGAGUUUAUUUUAUUAUCAGAUACAUUAGGUCUAUCAGUAUUGGUGGAUGCCUUGUCACACCCUAAACCUAAAAAUGCAACUGUUGGAACUUUAUUGGGUCCAUUUCAUACGCAUGACGCCAUUGUUCACGAUCUGGGUACAUCGAUUUGUUCUCAAGGCAAAGGAGAACCACUUUUAAUUGAAGGGACUUUAAGAGAUUCUAAGGAUGAACCUAUCGAGGGAGCAUCGGUAGAUAUUUGGGAAUGUGACGAAAAUGGUCUAUACGACACACAAUACGACGAAAGAGAUGGUCCAGAUAUGAGAGGAAUAGUAUACACGAAAGAGGACGGGUCUUUCGCUAUCAAAUGUACGAAGCCUGUUCCUUACCCCAUUCCCAAUGACGGACCAGUUGGAAAUAUGUUGAAGUAUAUCAAUAGGCACCCGUAUAGACCUGCCCAUAUCCAUUUUAUAAUAAAAAAGCCUGGGUAUGAUCUGUUAAUAACUGCUUUAUAUCUUAAAGGUGACCCUUACGAAAAAUCUGAUGCAGUGUUUGGAGUAAAGAGCGACCUUUUGUUUGAACUUCAUCAUUUAGGUAAAGCAAAAGCACAGAAGUACAACAUGAAAGAGACUGAUUGGAAUUUGAAUUGGCAUUUUUCUAUUACAACCAACGAGGAGGCGCAAAAGGAGAGACUUAAGAAAAAUAAAGAAGCAAUGUCCAAUGUCUCGUUCAAAAAUUUUUCUUUCGAUAUAAAUGGUUUGCCUGUCGCUGAAUUGGAUUAG